UUGGUCCAACAUGGUAAACUAUUACAACCAGCUGUAGCUUCAUCAACAGCUGUAACAUCUACAGCUGAUCUGACAAAUUCCCCACAACCCAUGGCUACGAUCAGUGGAGCUCAGUUUGAGACUCUGAAAAACAUUCUUAAUAUUCAACAACAGCAGCAACAACAACAACCAGUUGAUAAGUCUACAAAUAUUCAGUUUCCAUCUACCAUUCCUCAGCAAAACUCUGUAACACAAUCAGCUUCACAGCCUCGUAUAGCUAUAUCCCAGUCAGCCCCAUCGCAAAAUGUAUGUUUAAUUUUGCCACAAGUUACAUCUCAUCAACAGCCAGUCUCAGGAAUCUCAAUUCUGCCCCAAACUUCUUUACCAGAAUUGGUGGCUCAAUCUCAGUCAGCAUCAGGUACUGUCAUUCAACGACCAAUCACAGCACAGGGAAAUGGACAACAGAAUAUCUUACCUGCGCCAAUUCAAAAGCAGCUAAUCUCGAAUAAUGGUAACAUUAGUCCAAUGUCUGGACAGUCAGUAUCAGUGCCCCCUGCUGUUACAUCUAAGAAUAAUUCUGUGCCUGUAGCGCCACCUAUUAUGCAUACAGCACCACAGAUUCCAGCAGUGCCACCUGUGAUUUCUACGGGACAGCAUGUUGUGUCUUCUGCGCCACCUAUACUACCUGUAGGCAUACCCCAAGUAUUACAGAUGAUAAAUCAAGAGCAAGCUCAAGCAUUGGGACUACCCCCCGACACAAGGCUCAUUCUAAGAGUUGAUCCUACACAGCUUUCUUCAACCGAUCAAAAUCCUUGUCUGGAAGGCAAAGGGUCAACAGGUCAAAGUCUUCAAAUUCCUCAAGGUCACACAGUUUCUAGUUCCCCAGUGAUUCAACACUCUGAUUCUGGCUCGAUUGGAAAUCAAGAAACUGUUGGUGAUACUGCAACUGACAUUGGAACAGCAGUAGAUCAGGCUAUCACAUAUGUUAUUAAUGAUGCAGACCAAGCCUUUGAUGUUGCAAGGAAAAUAACAGAAUCUGAGGCUUUAUCAUCGAAACAUAAUCAUCCCUUCUAUCAAACUCCAAAGUCUACCGCAUUUGGUCAUUAUUGUGUUGACUGCAAUGACACCUAUCAUUCCGUCUGUGCACAACAUGGGAAUUUCUACGUGGAAGUUAAGGAUGCACCAAUAUCAUCUCGGGCUCGUAUGUCUCUCCCAGAGCAACUUAAACUGACUGUUUCUGAUACAUCUUUAUCAGACAUAAAGUUCACAGGUAUAUUCGCAAAAGAGAAAAUUUCAAAAGGUACUAAAUUUGGACCUCUUAUCGGUGCUGUGCUUAUGAUGAGCCAGACAAUACAGGAACUUGAGAAAUCUUCUAAUAUCUGGAAGAUAUGUAAUGAAGAUCACAAGUAUCAUUACAUCCACUGUACCAAUGAAGACACAUCAAACUGGAUGAUGUUCGUCAGGAAAGCCAGAGCUACACGGGAACAAAAUAUAGUAGCCUACCAAGAAGGUCUCAACAUAUUCUUUAUCACGUGUAAAGACAUUGAGCCUGGUGCUGAGCUGUUGUAUUGGUAUAGCAGGCCUUAUUCUAAGUAUUUAGGUGUUCCUUCUGCUCCGAAUGAAUACUACAGCUGUUCAAUAUGCAAGAAGGAUUUUGUGGAGUUUCAUCACUUGAAGCAGCACAUGAUAUUCCGACAUGCCGAUACCUCAAAGAAUAGAUUCCAAUGCCCCAAGUGCCCAAAAUCUUUCCAAAAUGCCCAGAAGCUAGAUGCUCAUGCAGAUAUACAUUUUGGUAUCAAACGGCAUAAAUGUAGCUACUGUAAUAAAGGAUUUAGUGAUUCUAGUAACUUACGCAUUCAUUUGCGUAUUCAUACAGGGGAGAAAAAGCACCAGUGUCCAGUUUGCAAUAAAUCUUUCCGACAAAAAGCCCAUCUCCAGUCACAUGAGGUUAUCCACACUGGCCAGAAAAACAUUGCAUGUACAAAAUGUGAUAAAUUUUUCGCUAGAAUGAUUGAUCUCAAUCAACAUAUGCAUCAACAUUCAACUGAGAAAAAAUACCAGUGUCAAAUUUGCAACAAGGGAUUCCAUAAACAGCAAAAUUUGGUAAAACAUUGUAAGGUUCAUACUCAGCAAAGGGACUUUAAAUGUACUGAAUGUGGUAAAGGUUUUUAUACGAAGUUCCAUCUGGAUAGACAUGCCUCAAAAGUACACAAGUAUAUCGAUGAAUUGGUGAUGGACAAGAAAAAUAAACGUAAGAAGAAUAAGCCUGAAAAACAUGCAACAAAAGAAACGGAAAUGAAAUCUUAGAACCUGCCUCUUUGUCAAGUUUGCUUCAUUUCUAUUAAUUAUGUCACCACCAGAAGUGGUGACAUAUUGUUGUAGUAUUAGUCUCCAA